UAGCGCACAGGUUCUAUCAGAAGCGUUUGUUAUUUCUUCUCUCAAGACGUAGCUGAAAGGUUUACAAAAGAAGUUGACAUUUUGUAGAUCAAAAUAUCCAAAACAUGUGAUUGUAGAGUGGGAGGAAAACUCUUUUAUAUAUAUGUUACAAAAGUAUAACCAGGUCAUUUGGUGAAAGUGCACAAGUCGAUGGCGGCGGAUUAUUCCAUAUAUCCCUGUGAAACGUUAUUAGCUGCAGAACCAACGUCGUGUAACGUAGAAGUAGUUUUAGAUGCGUUUGUUACACAAAAAGGAUCUCCUCAGACGGAAAGAUUUGCAGACAUAAAACAAAAUGAAUUAUGCGUUGGUUGUUUGCGAGAAGUCACAAAACACCUACGCAAUACCUUACUUAAGCAUGGAUUUCCUCUAACUGCGACAAGUAAACAAGCAGCAAUAAAUGUGCUAAAAAGGAAUAGGAGUUUAUUCGUUGUACAACUCCCUGCUGAAACAGUUGUCAUUGACCACGAGGAAACCGUGCAACUACUACUGCGUAAGACGAACCGAGAAUUAAAACGCGGGAAAAUGACGAAACGACGAAUAGACAGUGACAUAUUUAUGUCUCUGUUUUUGACGAGUAAUUUCGUAAGGGGAAAAGAUAACAAUAGCAGGAUAUGUAAGGAUGUAUCCUUUAAUGAUGAAAAAAGGCAACGUAAGAAUCGGAAAAAUGUUACCAAAAAUAAGAACAUUUCAGCGUUAAUAUUUCAAAAUACAGAUAUCUCAAGUUUACCGGCGGUGCGCCCACGUAAACAUCACACGACGAGUUUGAUUGAUCUUGAGGUAAUUGCAUGUCCUAACGACUCCCAGAAAUACAAACAACCGUCUCACCCCAAAACGAACAGAACCGAACAAGAACUUGCAAAUGAAAAAUAUCCAAUACAAGAGACAGAAACUGAUGCUGGGCAGCCUUCGUUCGAACCUUACCAGAGACCAUAUUCCUCGACGACGAAUACAGAUCAUCCUUAUACCAGCCAACACGAAACCAACGUUUACUUAGCUUCAGAGAAUUCGCAUGAAAGACGAGCACAAGUAAACAGAAAUUUAAUGGUACCAAGACCGGGGCUUCUGAAUGAAUUCAAACCUGCACGAUAUUCUAACUACAUUGAACAACACCAAAGACUUGCGUCGUUUCACACGCCAAAAUGGACAAUGGAAAGUAAACCAGAUCCCAGCGUACUCGCCGAAUGGGGAUUUUUCUUCACAGGCACUCAUGAUCUGGUUAGGUGUUAUCAUUGUGGAAUUGGUCUAAAAGACUGGGUAAGAGAAGACGAUGUUCCAACUGAACAUGUUAAACAUUCUUCUACAUGCGAUUUUCUCGUACAGAGGCUAGGAAAAGACAGAGUAGAUCGAAUAAAGGCUGCUUUGUCAAAUUCAGAUAGUGGAAUUGACAUAGAUUCAACAGCAUCAGGUGCCUCAAAACUACCAUACAAGAUACGCUCACCGAGAUACCAGACAAUGGAAGCAAGAAUGGCUUCUUUUAAGAACUUUCCAACACAUAUACAAUUGCCUGUUCAACAGCUUGCAGUUGCGGGGCUUUUCUUCACCGGAAACGGCGAUUUAUGCCGUUGCUUCACGUGUGACGGUGGUCUCAAAGAUUGGAGCACGGGAGAUGACCCGAUCAAAGAACAUGCCACGUACUUUCCUAAAUGUGGGUACAUAAAUCAGCUUAAAGGACUGGAUUACAUUAGAGCACAGCAACAACGCCGUCCAGAUACUCAGCAACAAAAUAAUGGUGCAGCUGGUGGUAGCACCUUGGCCACUCAACCGACACAGACAGCGGCGAAUAUUCCACUAGACAAACUAAGUAUUAAUGACAAUGGAUAUUCUAGCUUCAACGUUAGCCAGAAAGUCCAAAGCCUUGGAUAUGCAGAGAUAGAUGUGAUAUAUGCCAGGGCUGAACUACAGAAAAAAGGAAAAGCAUUUCCAACAGCUGAAGACAUUCUCAAUAUUUUGCUUGAUAUGGAAGAAGAGAAGGCUGGGCAUUUUAGACCUGAUGUGAUACCGCAAACAAGUGACAACGACCUGGAAGCCUUGGCAGAGGAAAAUGACAGACUGUCAAAACAUGUCUAUUGUAUGUUGUGUGUCACUGGAGAAGCAGACAUUUUAUUUUUACCUUGUACCCAUCACCGGAUUUGCCACGAGUGUGCGUGUGAUGUCAUAUAUUGCCCCGUUUGCAAUGUUUAUAUACAGGAAAAAGUCAAGACUUACCGUUCCUAAUUAAUUGUCUUUUUAUUUUUGGUGCCCCUUUCCGUCAGUCUUGUUAAUAGCUUUUAUUAACAUAUCUCAUCAUUGCAAUAAAUCUUUUAAAGUAUAUGUUAUAUGUGAGUAUAUAUAGAAAUAAGAACAGAUAUAUGUUAUAUAUAUAGCAAAAAGAACAAAGUGAAUAAAAUAGAAAUGUACCUUGCAGAAAAGAUGUGAAAAUAGUU